AUGGCGCCGGGCUGCGGCGGGGGCGCGGCGGCGGCGGCGCUGCGGGCGCUGCUGGGGCUGGCGCUCGCGCUCCCCCUGGCGGCGGGGCCGGGCCCGCCCGGCGGCAGCAGCAGCAGCAGCAGCAGCAGCAGCGUGAUCUUGGGCAUGCGGCUGGAGCGCACCAGCAAGCCGGCGGCCGCGGCGCCCGACGGGGGCGUCAUCCAGGUGACCGAGGGCAGCCAGGUGCAGCUGCGGCUCUUCGGGCUGGACAUCGGGCCGCACACCGGGGCCCUGGUGGCCUUUGCCGAGCUGGGUGCCCGGGCCGGUGCCAACGCCAGCGCCCGCGCCGACACCGACACCAACACCAGCUGCCCCGUGCACACCCAGGACCUGGUGGUGCGGCCCCACAUGGACGACACGCGCAAUACCUCGGGGGUGCUGCAUGUGCGGGUGCAGCCCCUGCGCAAGAACGAGCAGGCCAAGAUCUACGUGCUGUGCACCAAGCACGGCCCUGGCCAGCCCUGGCUGCGGCACGAGGGCAGGGACGGCCGCCUCAUGGUGCUGGAGGAGAAGAAGUCGCUGCUGCCCCUCUGGUUCCAGAUCAUCCUCAUCCUCUGCCUCCUGGUGCUCUCCGGCAUGUUCAGCGGCCUCAACCUGGGCCUCAUGGCGCUGGACCCCAUGGAGCUGCGCAUCGUGCAGAACUGCGGCACCGACAAGGAGAAGCGCUACGCCCGCAAGAUCGAGCCCAUCCGCAGGAAGGGCAACUACCUGCUCUGCUCCCUGCUGCUGGGCAACGUGCUGGUGAACACCACCCUCACCAUCCUGCUGGACGACCUGAUAGGCUCCGGCUUUGGCGCUGUCAUCGCCUCCACCAUUGGCAUCGUCAUCUUCGGCGAGAUCGUACCGCAGGCGCUCUGCUCCCGGCACGGCCUGGCCGUAGGCGCCAACACCAUCGGCAUCACCAAGUUCUUCAUGCUGGUGACGUUCCCCCUCUCCUUCCCCAUCAGCAAGCUCCUGGACUGCAUCUUGGGCCAGGAGAUCGGCACCGUCUACAACCGUGAGAAGCUGGUCGAGAUGCUGAAGGUGACAGAGCCCUACAACGACCUGGUCAAGGAGGAACUCAACAUGAUCCAGGGAGCGCUGGAGCUCCGGACUAAGACAGUGGAGGAUGUCAUGACCCCACUCCACGAUUGCUUCAUGAUCAACAGCGACGCCAUCCUGGACUUCAACACAAUGUCAGAGAUCAUGGAGAGCGGCUACACCCGCAUCCCCGUCUAUGAGGAGGAGCGCUCCAACAUCGUGGACAUCCUCUACGUCAAGGACCUGGCCUUUGUGGACCCGGACGAUUGCACCCCCCUCAAGACAAUCACCAAGUUCUACAACCACCCAGUCCAUUUUGUCUUCCACGACACCAAGCUAGAUGCUAUGCUGGAGGAGUUCAAAAAGGGCAAAUCGCACCUGGCCAUCGUGCAGAAGGUGAACAGCGAGGGAGAAGGUGACCCCUUCUACGAGGUGCUGGGGCUGGUGACGCUGGAGGACGUCAUCGAGGAGAUCAUCAAGUCGGAGAUCCUGGACGAGUCGGACAUGUACACUGACAACCGUACCCGGAAGCGUGUGGCCAACCAGAAGAACAAGAGGGAUUUCUCUGCCUUCAAGGACUCCGACAGCGAGCUCAAGGUGAAGGUCUCGCCCCAGCUGCUCCUGGCCGCGCAUCGCUUCCUUGCCACGGAGGUGACGCUCUUCAUGCCGACCCUCAUCUCGGAGAAGAUCCUGCUGCGGCUUCUCAGACACCCCGACGUCAUCCACGAGCUCAAGUUCGACGAGGAGAACAAGAAAUCACCCCGGCAUUUCCUGUACCACAGGAACAAGCCGGCCGACUACUUCAUCCUCAUCCUGCAGGGGAAGGUGGAGGUGGAGGCUGGCAAGGAGAACAUGAAGUUUGAGACAGGAGCCUUCUCCUAUUACGGUGUGAUGGCGCUGAGCCUGCCCCCCGCGCAGGAGCUGCGCUCCCCGUCCCACAUGAGCAGCCUGAACCGCUCAGCGUCACUCAGCAACCCCGAGCGCUCGGACUCCAUCUCCUCCCCCAUCAGCGGCAGCAGCAACCAGCUCAACGUGUGCACCAGCCCCCAGUACAUCUCCGACUUCAGCGUCCGUGCCCUCAUGGACCUGCAGUUCGUCAAGAUUACGCGCCAGCAGUACCAGAACGGCCUGAUGGCCUCGCGCCUGGACAGCUGCCCUCAGUCUCCGGACAGCGGUGCCCCCAAAAUGGACACCAGCUUGACGGAAAAGGCGGAGUCCUCGGUGGCCGACGAGACCACCAGCCUCCUGAAUGAGAGGAACUGCCUGAACCUCAGGAGCAGCCACAGUCCCCAGGAGAACUCCAUCUGAGCCUGGCACCAGGGCAACGCCGGCGCCCCCGCCAGGACACUUUGCACCCUUCGGGGUGGGGAGCCUUCCCCCGCGUCCAAAUAGCUCUGUCUAGAGAUCCCCCCCUCUAUGAGAUGCUUUGAUCGCCCAGGGCAGCCCCUGCUGCCAGCGUUGGUGAGGAUGUGGGUUCGUGGCACUGUGGCCACGCCGGGAUGCAAAAGGGAAUCCCCUACCCCUUCCCCAAAAAUGGGCUCUGGAGCUAUUGGAUCCCAGGGACCAACUUUACCUCGGCCUGGGCCAGGCGUGGGCUAGGGGCAGGGAGGCUCACUCCGCAGAGGAUUUAUAAAGGGAGCCCAUUGGCUGCUGUUUCUAAACUGGCUUUUAU